AUGGCAUUAAAACUCCUCAGAAGAAAAUAUCAUCGUCAUACAAUGGGCCAAGCAGAAGACAUUUGCUCUGAUGCAUGUCGCCUUGACUGCAAACGCAGACCAGAAGUUUUGGGAGGAUGGAAAACAAUUUUCUUGGGAGGUGCAACAUUUGAUGAUUUGGCGCAUUUGGAUGAAUGGUAUCGUGUUGAGCAAGACAUAGAUAGAUGGAGACGAGCAUCCGUUACUGCUUGGGAUGAGAUGAAAGCUAUACUUGAAGAGAGGUUCUUGCCAUCUAGUAAUCAACAAAGGAUACCUGAGAAUGCCUACAAUCAAGCAGCAACGGAAGAGAAGGAUGCUGAUAGUUUAGAUAAACAAAGUCAGCAGCUAAAAUUUCCAAAUUGGCAUAAAAAUGAGACAGAAGAACAGGCUUUUGUUGAUAAGACAAAUCUGGAAUUGCUUCCUAAAAUGAAGAUUCAACAAGAAACAAAGGAAUUUCAGGUUGACAAUGAUGUGGAGAGAGAAAGAGAAGAAAAGGAAUUAUCUAAUCAGUUUAUUAGAAAGCCUAAAGAGCUAUGUGUUACACUAGAUGGAGCAGAACCAAAGGAGAAACAUGUUGAGCACAAUGUCAAUGAGUAA